UGUAACUAAAAAAGCAAUAGCAAUGAGUUUUUUGCUUGGUAUUGGAGAAUGGGACGAUGUUUCAGAAGGAGAAGAAGAAGAAAAAGUAGAAAGUCAACGUUAUUUUUAUUCGAAUAGGGACAGUUUAAUUUUCUUAGUGGAUUGCCAUCCAAGUAUGUUCAAAGUGAGUGAAACUGGCCCUAGUCAUUUUCAGCAAAGCCUUAAAUGUGUUGUGGAUUGCAUGACUUCCAAAAUCAUCUCGAGCGAUUCUGACUUUGUUGCAGUUGUCUUUUUUUCAACACGCGCUUUGAAUAAUUUAAAUGACCUCCCUAACGUAUUUGUUUUGCAAAAUUUAGAACAAGUAAGCGCUAAAAAAAUACAAGAAGUAGAAUCUUUUUUGCAACCCGAUUUUGAUUUUGAUCAGAUAUACGGAUCAUGUAACACAUUUUCGUUAUACGAUACUUUUUGGAUCUGCGCUACACUGUUUAGCGCCAGCAUUUACUUUUUUUUUCAAUUCUGCCUUGAAUGUCCAAAUUGAAAAAGUUAAUUUUUAAAUUUUUUGCUCACUUUCCGUUGAAAUUAUGCACGAAGCGUUUAUUUUUAUUCACCAACCAAGACGAUCCUCAUUCCGAAGAUGAGAAACAAAGGCAGCUUGCUAAAGUGAAAGCUCAAGAUUUGAGAGAUAUUGGCGUGCAUAUUGAACUUAUACACUUGGCCAAAGUCGGCCAGAUUUUCGACAUCGCCAAAUUUUAUUCUGAACUUUUACUAAUGGACGAAGAAGUCAUUGCGAGUUUCCCUUCCGCAUCUUCCAAAAUGGAAGAACUUCAAGAACGAAUGCGCAUAAAGCAGUUUGCAAAAAGAGCGCUGGUGAGGAUGUGCUGGACUAUUGGCGAAGGAGUCGAAGUUGGCAUACAAGUGUACAAGCUCGUGUCUCGCACGUGCAAACCGAACUAUAUAUGGCUCGAUGCUAGAACCAAUGAACAGUUGAAGCUCACUUCGGCUUAUAUUAAUGAGAGGACGGGAGCUCCUAUAAUGAACUGCGAUAUAAAGCGCUCUUAUAUUUAUGGCGGAAGAGAAGUUAUCUUUGAUAGGGAGGAAGUGAGGCAGCUUAAAGAUUCAUUUGAGCCCACUUUUAUGUUGCUGGGAUUUGUGGAGGAUCGGUUUUUGAAGCGCUACUAUUCUCUCCGGCCAUGCGAUUUUAUAUAUCCCGAUGAAAGUCUCGUGGAAGGAAGCAUUGUAUUUUUUAACGCGUUGCUAAACCAGUGCCUGGCCAAAAAAAAAUAUCCCAUGUGCUGGGCUAACUACCGUGUGGGCGGUGUCCCCCGUAUGGUUUGCCUCCUUCCGCAGGCGGAAGAAAGAGACGAGUGUAACCUUCAAAAAAUGAGUGCUGGUUUCCACGUGGUCUAUCUGCCUUAUGCGGACGACAUUCGGGAGUUACAUUUUGAGAAAAUGGACGCUGCCACUGAAGAGCAGACCGAAAAGGCUACUGCCGUUAUUGAAACUUUUCUAAGCGAAUACGAUCCGAUACUGAUCGAAAAUCCGUCUCUGCAGAAGUACUACAGAAACCUUGAAGCUCUUGCAUUGGAUAAGGACUGCCCGGACGACUUUUUCGAUGCGACUCUUCCGGACCUUGAAAAAAUGGAAUUGCUUGGAGGCGAGUCUAUACAAGAAUGGAGCAAAACCAUCAAUGCCGCUCCUUAUAAAUGUGCGGCUAAAAAUAAUUAUAUUCCUAACUUGAAACACGGAGACAACGAUGAAGUUUAUAACAAAGUUAAAAGUUUCUACAUAGAUAAUAAGCUGCCCAAAUGCACUGUGGAACACCUAAAAACUUUUUGUUGGCAUGUGGGAGAAGCGGUCUCUGGAAAAAAGUCCCACCUGAUUGAAAGAGUUAUUUCCUACUUUGAAAGAGAAGAUCAGAAUUCAUAAAGCUUCAUAUGCAAU